GUGAUUGGUUCUUUGGCAGGUGACCCUUAUGUCUUCUAUGAUUGGACUGUUUCUUACCUCACAACUUCUCCUCUUGGUGAUAAACAGCAGGUUCGUUUCUCCUUAUCUUCUCUUGCUGUUGUGUUCUGCUUGUUGAAUUUAUGUCAUUGUUUAAACAAUUGGUCUUUCUUUUAUAAUUUUUGUGGGAAUUAUGUGUAGCUUGCUUAAAGCUUAAUGGUUGUUAAGAUUUUAGAUGAAAAAUAUAUGUUGUGAGUUGAAAGUUGAAUUCUCCGCGGAUUUCAGCAAGUUACAGUGUAGUCUUUUGUAUUUACUGUAACUAUAAAGAGUGAAAUUACCGCUAGUUCUUUUAUGGUAAGUAAUUAUGAGUAUCCUAUUCUGAGGAGUUUGGUUUUAGAGUCGCCUGGCUAAUCAUGUUAUCAAGAUAACUGGGAACUUUGGACAUGCACUUGUGGUUAGAUUAUGGCAAGAUAACCAUCUUUACAAUCAACAAAUAGAUUAUGAUUUCCUAGUUUGUCUGCCUAAUAAUUAUUCUGAACGUCCUUUCAAAGGCAAUUGAUUUCCAAAAUGGUAGCUUUUGUCUAUACCAAUUGUGUCAAUUUACUGACAUUAAAUAUCAUACUGGCUCGACUGGACUACUAGGCAUCCAAUUAUUUAAUUUUGGUGAAUGAGAACUUAUACUUUCAAUAACUUGUUGGGCUUAAUAUACAUUAAAAAAAAAAAAAAACGUUUUAAAGGCUGUUUAGUAUGUUGAUUCCAGGUAAAACUCAAAUUGCUUAUCUCCCAAACUGAUAGCAGUGAAAAUGGAAUUUCCAUGAACAAUUGAUAAAUUGUACUCGUUAACAUUCUGAGUAAUUCAAUCUGCUGAAGGAAACAACUUCAAAGCAUGUUCACCAUUUAUGGAAGCUGUUAUGCGUAUCUUACCUCUAUGUUUCUAAAAGCUUUGGUUUUAAAUGUGUGGCAUUUUGCCAUAUAUUUGAGUUUAACUUGCUAAUAAAUUCUGCUUAUGGUCUUGAUAAAACACAAUGGUGCAAUAUUACCCAUAUAACCAACCUUACAUAGUGAACAAGCCUCUGUUUGUUGUAGUUAUUGUCUCAAUAACGUUGGAAUCCAUAUGUUAGUCUAUGUCUUGCCUGUUCCACAGCUCACAUCAUGCCAUGAGUUAUGACCUAUUAAUCAGAAGUAUGACCCAAAACUAUCUUACAUGUUGGCCAUUGGAAGGUUGUUUACAUAGAACAUGUUGGCUGCUGACAUUUUUUUUAAAUACCAUUUUCCAGGUGAUUGGGAUUAAUGGGCAGUUUCCUGGACCAAUCCUCAACGUCACUACGAAUUGGAAUGUUGUUGUAAAUGUCAAGAAUGAUCUUGAUGAGCCAUUUCUGCUUACAUGGAACGGUAUACAACAUAGGAAAAACUCUUGGCAAGAUGGUGUUUCGGGGACUAAUUGUCCGAUUCCUGCUGGUUGGAAUUGGACAUAUGAGUUUCAGGUCAAAGAUCAGAUAGGGAGUUUCUUUUACUUCCCUUCCCUAAACUUCCAAAGAGCUGCAGGUGGCUAUGGAGGAAUCAUCAUAAACAACAGAGAUGUCAUUCCGCUACCCUUUGGGAUGCCCGAGGGUGAUAUUACUGUCUUUAUUAGUGACUGGUAUACUAAGAGUCAUAAGAGAUUAAGGAAAGAUGUUGAAAAUGGAGUCAACCUUGGAGUUCCUGAUGGUAUCGUAAUUAAUGGACUGGGUCCAUAUCGUUAUGAUCAGACGCUUUUUAAAGAUGGGAUUGUUUACCUGAUCAUAAAUGUUGAACCAGGGAAAACAUACCGCUUCAGGGUCCAUAACGUUGGAAUUUCAACUAGCUUGAAUUUCAGAAUUCAAAACCAUAACCUACUUCUUGUUGAGACUGAAGGAUCAUACACAGUUCAACAAAACUACUCAAACAUGGAUAUCCAUGUGGGUCAAUCGUACUCAUUCUUGGUUACCAUGGACCAGAAUGCUAGCAAUGAUUAUUACAUUGUAGCUAGUCCUCGGUUUGUUAAUUCCUCUGACUGGGCUAAAGUUACUGGAGUCGCUAUCUUGCACUACUCCAACUCCCAGGGACCUGCUUCAGGUCCUCUUCCCGAUCCUCCGAAUGAUUAUGACACAUAUUUCUCAAUGAAUCAAGCAAGAUCAAUAAGGUGGAAUGUUUCUGCUGGUGCUGCGCGUCCAAACCCACAGGGAUCUUUCAAGUAUGGCCAGAUUACUGUGACAGAUGUGUAUGUGAUCCUCAAUAGGCCUGCAGAGCUUAUAGAUGGAAAAUGGCAUACAACUCUUAAUGGUAUUUCAUACUUACCACCUUCAACACCCUUAAAACUUGCACAGCAGUUCAACAUUCCCGGCGUAUACAAGCUUGAUUUUCCAAAUAGACUGAUGAGCAGACCUCCCAAAGUCGAUACAUCCAUAAUUAAUGGUACUUUCAAAGGUUUUAUGGAAAUAAUCUUUCAAAAUAAUGACACCACAGUUCAGAGCUACCAUCUGGAUGGUUAUGCAUUCUUUGUUGUAGGUAUGGAUUUUGGGGUGUGGACAGAGAAUAGCAGAGGCACAUACAACAAAUGGGAUGGUGUUGCACGCUCUACCACACAGGUCUUUCCUGGAGCCUGGACAGCAAUUCUGGUUUCUCUUGACAAUGCAGGCAUUUGGAAUCUCCGAGCACAGAAUCUUGAUUCAUGGUAUCUAGGACAAGAAGCUUAUGUGAGUGUUGUUAAUCCAGAGGUUGACCAGUCUGAGGUUCCGUUGCCUGAAAAUGCUAUAUAUUGCGGUAUCCUUUCGUCAUUACAGAAGGAUCAGGCUCAGAGAGUUAAUUUUUCUGGCGCAACAUCAAUAUCUGAUUCGAGUAAAACAGUUUUCAUUCUGGUAAUCAUAUCCUUGAUUGUCCAUUCAUUCAGGUAACCAUGGUGUGAAAACAAGAAUCAAGUAAGCACGAUACUUUGAUCACUUGGCCAGCAAUCUAAAGCCUGUCAGUGGAAAAUAGUAGAUUAAGAGAUUAGACGGCCUUAAUUUGGCUGGGAAACAAGAAGUAGCAUGCAGUCUUGUUGCCUGAAAAUCUUGUGCCAUUCUUAGUGAACUUGUAUGAUUCAACAUGCUGUAAAAACGGUCUGUCAUUCCAUUGAAAUAGGUGCAUAUAGAAGUCUUGGGGAGAAUAAUAGGAAAUUGUAUUGUUAGUCUGUAAUUUAAGAUUUUGUGGUAGUGUAAAAUCAUGCAAAAGGUUAACCCAUAAUUUGAAUCUCUUAUGGGUUUUAAUCUCUUCAUUUUUUUGUUAGUAUGUAAUUUUUAAUACUACAUUGUGUUUUUUUUAACCCUCAGUUCAUAACUGUAUAAUUUUGUUGAGCAUUUCACAUUUUUUUUUCAAAGGCAUGCACCCAUUUCCUCCAUUUCUGCUCUGAGUCAUCAACUUGAAGGUUAACGAGGCAUUGCAUGCUUCAAGAUGAAUUCGCAUGUAUUUUGCUUCCUAAUUUUUUUUUUCCCUUUCCUUGUCUCCUGGAGUAUUAAACAGGGUGCAUAAUUGCCAUUAUUGGGAGUAAUUAAAUUGGGUAACGGCUAAGGCAUUAACCAGAACAAGAGAAUAAAGGAAAAAAAAAACAAAAGUGAACUUCAAUCCUCCAUGGGCAAUGAUUGAAGUUUAAUAGUACUAUUAAAAUAAUGCCAUCAAGAUUUUCAAAUGAGUUGAGGUUAUAUAAAUUUGGUAGUCAAGGUGGCCCAUGUUUUGUAGGUAUAGUCGUCACUUAUGGUUGCUUCAAUAUUCGAACCACAAAUAUUGGUUAUAGAAUUGUGAUCCUCUUACCCAGGUUCUGUAUUUUUUUUUUUUUUAUGUUUCAAA